AUGGACUUUACUGCUGACCCUCUGUUAGUUAUCGAACGAUCAAAUUUUAAAGUAAACAAAGAUACAAGUGCGAUGACAACGUCCGGCUUGUUGGAGUGGGAGCUAUCACUGCCCUCCGACCAAAUAAUAUCGCACGGCUGGUACCACGGCGCACUGAGUCGUACGGCGGCCGAGAGCCUGCUGCAGCAAGACCGCGAGUUCCUCGUGCGGGAGUCCUCCUCGCAGCCAGACAACUACGUGCUUAGUUGCCGUUCCAACGGACAACACCUACACUUUGUCAUCCAGAGAAUAAUUGUUCACCCUGACACUGUUUUUGAAAGAUAUCAGUAUCAAUUCGAGGAUGAGGCCUAUGACACUGUGGCAGAUCUCAUCACGUCCUACGUCGGCUCGGGGAAACCGAUAUCCGCGGCAUCGGGAGCGCGAAUCCAGUAUCCCGCUAACAGAAUGGUGCCUUUGACUAAUUUUAUAUCAGGCGAAGAAACGGGAGCCACGGUGUCUCCAAACGGUGAGAGUAACUACGGUAACGCAUACAGCCUGUACAGUCACUUCGCAGCGAAGCCUGGAGGGUCGCUUCGUGUACCUUUUAAGAAACAACGGUCGCAUUCCUUAACUCCAAUAGACAUGGCGCAUCAUGUGACACAUGGCAAAAGUGCGAGUGCCGAUGGUGUAAUUCAAAGUCAAACAAUGAAACACGCGAAAAUCUUUGCGAGCGACUCAAACUCGAGUUCAAACACGUGGGACGCUAAUUUGCCCACAAGUCCACCCGCGAAACCCGCCAGGUACGACGGCCCCAAGGCUGACGACAGGCGACUGGAACUGCAUCGACUCUAUCACGUUUCGGGCUCAGAUUCCGGUAACGGCUCCGGUGAUUCUACGCAAAGUUCCGCGCACAGUGACCCAAACAACAAAUCGAGGAACGAUGCUGACUACCACAUAGUCAACACCCCGACUAAUAAGCAACAGUUUGACUAUGAGUUAACGGAAGCGAGGCUCUUGCAGCUAGAAAAUUUGGAUUAUGCCGUGGAAUCAAGAAUAAAUCUAGAAAAUUUUCAAUCACAAAUUAUUCCCCCUACAUUGAACAAGCCCUUAGAAUCUGAAACUUUGCAUACAAUAAAACUUUUGUUACGAACUUCGGGUCCAAGAAUAUUAGCUAAUCACAUGACAAAAAUAGACCUUCACUUUCUCUUAGAGGAUUCUAUACAAAUAGAGAAACUUGACAAAACUGCGUCAGGGUUAGAACUUUGCUUCUUGCCACAAGGACGUGCUCUUCGAAUGGAUGUCAUUGAAAGAGUAGAAGCUUUUCGUUUGCUAGUAGCAGUAACUAUCUUAACUUGCCAGACCGACCGACAAAGAGCUGAUACGAUUAACGACUGGAUACUGUUGGCUAUUGAGACUAAAACGGCCUUAGGAAACCUAUAUGGGUUCUCAGCUAUUAUGUUCGGUCUAUGUAUGCCACAGGUUGAAUGUUUAGAGAAUGCGUGGAAUAUCUUGAGACGAGCCUACACGGACAACGCGUUCAUGUUUGAAGCAAAGUUGCGACCAUGUUUUAAAAGUAUGAACGAGGGCACGAACCCUCUUCCUCCUAACACGACUACACCUUACGUCAUACCGCCCGUUCUCUGUUUCCAUUUAUUUGACGGUGAAGGAGGAGGUCUGUUGCAGCCGGACGAUUCCUUUCCGAGCAGUCUCAUGAACAGCCUGGACUUUGACUUCAACGCCACGGCAGCCCACCUCGAGGCGGCGAGACACUUCCCCCAACAAGUCGAGAUGUUCAAGCGAAACGCUCGGACAGUUGUGCAAGAGAUGUCGUCCCUUGGUCCAAUGUUGGAUCCAAUUCUCUUGGAGCUGUUCCGAACCGAGUUCCACAUAAACUUCCUGUGGGGCGAACGAGGCGCCCUCACUAGUCCCAGCCAGCGCUUCGCCAGACUCACGGACAUACUCACGGCUAUGGCCAAUAAGUUGGCGAACCAACCGCCGGAUAGCGACGACGCUGUGUAA